AUGCUGAUGAUUUUUUGGACGAUCAGAAAUAGCUUUAUUGCUCUCGUUUUAAUCGUCGCUUUUUUUUCACUUUCACACACUUGCGAUGCCUCUUUAGCUUUUCGUGUACGGAAAUUAAUCGCCCCUACACAGAACAAUGGUUCCACUCCUCAGGUUGCUCCGAGUGUAAGCCCAGCUGAUGGAGCAAAUAAAACUGCGAAGGUUGCCGGGGAGACUGAAGAACAUGGGCAGAAGGAAUCUCAGGUGAACAAUCAUACCAACACUAGCAAGACAUUGCCAAAUGUUACUGAGAGUUCAAAUGGGAAUGACAAAGAUGAUAAAAGGUCGAGUUUUUCUAUACCGCCUGCUGGUGCUAAGAGUAGCAAUGUAGUUGAUAGAGGAAAUGAGAAGGCGGACAGUGAAACCGUGCCGAAGUUGGUAGGCUGUGUGGCUAGUUGCAGGGAUCAGAAGAUGAUUGCCUGUGUUGAAGCCUCAAAAGGUGGUGGCUCCGAACAAGCACUAGUGGUGCAAAAUGAAGGGGAAAGUACCUUGACGGUGAAGGUCAAUAUGCCUAAUUAUCUGACAAAUGAUUUGCCAGCUCUUGAAGUAGCCAAACAUGAAACUAAGAGGAUGGAUAUAUCAUCAAUUAUGGGCAAGAGCACUGAACUAAUAGUGGAUUCUGGAAAGGCCAAGUGUACGCUUCAAUUGGCCCGGCCCAUAUCUGCAGACAACCUUAUCCAGCAGCUCUCUUUCUACUCCAAGCAAGUGACACCAGUCUAUGCUGCGUAUGCAUUCUUCCUCUUGGCACUGCUUUUUGGCGGAAUAUGGGCUUGCUGCAAACUGAGGAAAACGAGCAACCAGCAAAACGGGAUUCCAUAUCAAGAACUGGAAAUGGGCCUGCCGGAAUCUGUUCCUGCUGGGAAUGCUGAGGAUGCCGUAGAAGGUUGGGACCACGACUGGGACGAUGAUGACUGGGAGGAGGGCAAUAUAGUGAAAUCACCUGCCGGGCCCACUUUGAGGCCUGGCAAGAAAGAUGGAUGGGAGGAUGACUGGGAGGAUUAG